CCGGGGCUGGUUCCCAUUCAAAUGUGGGUCAGGGGUGAGGAAGCGUAACGUCAUAAGCUUGCAACAUGGCGUCCCGAAGGCUGUGAGAUGAGCAAGAGGAUGGUAAAGAACGCUUGAGAACCACCCUACAGAUGUAAGAAGCUUCAGGUGGCAUUCGUGUAGGAAGAGCGAGACGGAAGGACAGACGGAAGGUGGAAAUGGAACUGCCAAAUCAUGCCAAACAACUGCUGCUGCAACUCAACCAGCAGAGAGCCAAGGGCUUCCUGUGUGAUGUUAUCAUCGUGGUGGAGAACGCACUCUUUCGUGCCCACAAGAACAUCCUGGCGGCGAGCAGCAUCUACUUUAAAUCUUUGGUCCUCCAUGAUAACCUCAUUAACCUGGACACGGAGAUGGUUAACCCUUCUGUGUUUAGGCAAGUUCUGGACUUCAUCUAUACUGGUAAGCUGCUGUCCUCGUCGGACCAGAGUAGUGAGCAGAAUUUCAGUGCCCUCUUAACUGCAGCCAGCUACCUCCAGCUCCACGACCUCGCUGCCCUGUGCAGAAAGAAGCUCAAGCGCAGUGGUGGGAAACCUCUUCCAGGGAAACCCUCCACUCCAGGUCCUCUUAGCCGCUUACGCCUCAAUAACCAGCGCCUUUCCUCCUCCACACCGGCUGGGUCCAACAACCACUAUCCCCCCACCCCUUCAGACGCCGACCAGCCACAGCCAGAUGAAGGCCUUCGGGACAAGCUCUCAGAUGAUGAAAUGUUUAUUGGCAGCUCUGGGAGGAACGGCAACGGGGGGAAUGGCAGCAGUAACGGUAACCUUAGCAGCGGAGGAAGUGCGGGUGAGCCCGAUCUUGGGCUAGACCUGACCAAAAAGAGCCCCCCGUCUGCGGGCACAGUCACAGAUGCCCUCAGCCCCCACAGCAACUCCCAAGAAUCCCCUCAGUCUGCCUCAGUAUCCACAACCAACAGUGCCUCGCUGGAUGACUCCUCGACCACCCUCCCGGGCACGGACAUUUGCAGCUCUGACCCCACUGAGCUCAACUGUAAAGCCGAGGACAUCCAGCACGACGGACCCCCACCUCAGAAGAAAUCCCGGCAGGGUGGGCGCAAGAAUGAAUGGCCCAAGAAAGAGGCGUCAGGACUGAGGUCUGAUGAUCAUGACAGGCCCCUGGUUAAUGGAGUGAUUGUGGCACCAAAGGAUGGCCGCUCCUCUGGUGGGGCUGGUGGGGGCAGUGGUAGCAGCUUUAACUCCGACCAGACCCUCCAGUGUAAAGACGAGGAAGAAGGAGGAGAGAACGGCCAGGACCACAGUGAAGAGAGCGGUCAAAGUGAUGGAGAGGGCGCAGGAGGGGGAGGAGGGGGCACAGGCAGGGGCCACCAUAACACCAACUAUGUGUACCGCCAGGAAGGUUUUGAACCAGCAUUUGGAGACAACCUCUAUGUGUGCAUUCCCUGUGGAAAAGGCUUUCCCAGCUCAGAGCAGCUCAACGCUCAUGUGGAGACCCACACAGAGGAUGAGUUGUACAUCAAAGAGGAAGGGGGCACCUACGUGAAAGAGGAAGAUGAAGAGGAGGCCGAGGAUCUUUCCACGCCUGUAGGGCCCUCCAACUUCGGCUCGGAAACGCGCCCCUUCAAGUGCACCGUCUGCAAUAAGAGCUACAAGGACCCGGCAACGCUGCGCCAACACGAAAAGAGCCACUGGCUUACCCGGCCCUUCCCCUGCAACAUCUGCGGCAAGAUGUUCACCCAGCGGGGCACCAUGACGCGCCACAUGCGCAGCCACCUGGGCCUCAAGCCCUUCGCAUGCGAGGAGUGCGGCAUGCGCUUCACUCGCCAGUACCGCCUGACGGAGCACAUGCGCGUCCACUCCGGGGAGAAGCCGUACGAAUGCCAGCUCUGUGGCGGGAAAUUCACUCAACAACGCAACCUCAUCAGUCACCUGAGAAUGCACACCUCGCCCUCCUAGAAACAAGCCAAAGAACUCUGGGAAUAGAAAGACAAACAAAGAAAUGCACAUGUACACGUUUAACACACUUCUACAAAUUACCUUUGGUUUACGACGCCCUGGCUAAGUGAAUGUUGUAGCCACACUGGGCAAUGGUGGUGAUGUUGGUUCAUCAUCAGUUUAAAGUGACAUGCGCUCACCUCUCAGGAGUUCUAGAGGGACCGUUUACUCCUCUUUCUCUCUCUUAACUGUCUCUCUGCCCCAAGUCACAAAGCUGUGGUGUCAUAGCUUUGUGGCUUGUGGUCUUUUCAAGGCCGAUAAAUGUGAAUGUGGGUACCAAUGUAAUGUCCAGCCCUGAUGUCCACCUCAUGCCCCUCAGCAGGCCUCAUCUCUUCUACCUUUUUGAAAGCUUUUUCUCGGGUUGUUCUCCAAACUUCAGAAGUCCCCUCUGCUCUCCAGCGCUAUUCUGACCAAAAAGAUGGAAAAUAACCCAAUGAAAUCACUACUGGCAAUAAUUCAGCAAAAACAAAGAGUUUUUUUUUUUUUUACUUUUAACAGCUUUAUAUUCUUUUAUGUUAAGCGAUGGCGCAGGUAAGACGGGGGGGGGGGACUGGGUUUGUGACAACCUCCAUGCUUUAACUGAGAGAAGGUUCCAGGUAGGGUCAUGUUGGGUCAGGUGUUAGUUUAAAGUAAGAUGCUUAAAAAGGUCUCUUCAUGGCUGUAAUCCAGAAAGGACGUUCACUCUUUUCCCCGCUUGCCUGCUCGUGCACCUGGGAACCAAUAAUCCUGGUUUGCAAAGAGGAACCUCUUGAGGUACUUGUUUUACUUAAAGAACUUAAUGUUUCAGUGAAUGUUUAAACUGGAAGGUCUUGGGAUUUUUCUUGUGGUGGGGGAGGGAUUUGGGUUUGGGGGGGUGGGGGGGGGCUGUUUUUAGAGGGGCUAAUAAGAGGGUGUUUUAGACUGAACAAUUCGUUCAGUGGGUACGUUUAUUUUGUGUCUGUAUAGCUUUCCUCCCCUUGAGAAAAAAAAAAAGAAGUCUAUUUAUAUGGGCUUGUGACCUCGCUACCUCUGAUUACUCUUACAAACUCUAUAUGUUGAUUAGUAUGUAAUUAAUUGUAAAGAAAAGUGUGUAGAUUAUCUUCACUUGAUGCUUUAACCUGCCCAUCUCUCAACACAGGUUUUUAAUACUCAGAUUUUAUUCAUUUGUGUUCUUUUUAGCAGUCGCGUUUACUCCAAAUACAAUAUAGCUUUUCGGGCACCCCCGCUCACGGUGGUGCCGCCUCAAAAUGUACUGUAGCGUCUUUCUGAAGGCAUGUAAUGGUUAGUUGGUUUAGGUGUAUAGUGUUCCAAAGAUCUUGUGAAUGUGGAGAACAGAGCUAACUAACAAACAUUGCUAGACAAGUUCAAAACCAAAGCUUUUUUGUUUUUUUAUUAAAAAGAUGUACUUAAGAGAUAUAGCAUACUAAAUUAUUUCACUUUUUGAUUUUGUUUUGAUUUUGCUGUAUAAUACAAAUUUAAGAAUUAUAUCGUAAGUCCAUACAAAGAAAUCCACUCUUUUGGAGUUUAGGUCAAUGACUCUGAGACUGAGGAAGCUUCUUGUGGUUUGCAAGGAAAGCUUGUGCUGAUUGGUGGGCCGGUGAACUUUACCACCUAAAGAAAAGAAACCGCUGGUAAAGUUGUUUUUUUAUUUUAAUUUUUUGCUUUGUUUAUAUCCAGAAUCCUUAUCACUUUAUAUUCCCUAACUUUAAAAACAGGACUUGAUGACAUGAUGUGUUCUGUUCAGACCAAAAAAAAAAAAAAUCCGAAAAAGAUAAAAAUAUAGGACUUAUAAUCAGAAUUUUAAUGUGAAGUUCAAGUUGCUUGUUUAGUCCCUUUUGAGCCAGACUUGUGAAAACUUGUAACAAGAAGGGAGAAGCAGAGAUGCACUGGACAGCUACUCCUGCAAAAAUCCUGUUUUGUUUUUUGAUUUUUUUGCUUGUCGUCUCUAAAUGUGCUCCACUGUAUCACAUAAUGGUUUGAAGUUAUUCGAGCCGCCCAAUGCUUUACCUCAUAAGCAUGCUUCAAAUUGGGCCAUCUUGUCAUUGUCACUAAAGCCUGUCCAGUGUAUCCAUUCUUAACAGUUACACUAGCCCUUCACUACAAGUUUUUGGUAUAGGCAUUCCUCUUUUUGUUUAUUGGUUUAACUGUCCUUGAAUUUUUUUUUUUGUUUGUCUUGACUCCUUUUUUUAUCCUCAUGGUCUGUGAAUUGUUUAAGAUGUCGGGUUUGCAGCCACAGUUACAAACAUCAUUGCUGUCUUUAAGGUACCUGCAUCCCUGGAUUAGUUAUAGUUACUACUUGGUUGGCUGUUAAGCAGUUACUAGUUAGUAAUUGCAUGGUGCAUACAUGUCCCUCCCCACCCCCCCCGACUACAAACGUGCAUCCAUCCUGUUCAGUACAUUGCCUUCUUGUACCUGUUAACGUGCAGCUUAAUGUCUGUCAUGCAAAGGACGUGUGUGUGUGUGUGUGUGUGUGUGUGUGUGUGUGUGUGUGUUUUUUUUCCUUUGUUGUUUUUUUGUACAUGAUAUCCAGCCAUUGCUGCAAUUGCUGCAUUUGAAUGCUUGCUUGUCGGACAUAAACGAAGAAAAACUCCAAACUGUGACCAUACUACUACUAAUACUACUAUUACUACUUCUACUAGAACUACUACUAUACAAAAUACUUCAGGGAUUGUUCUGCAUAUGUGAAUGCAGGCCAUCAGCUACAUUUGUAAGACAUAGUAUUGUAUCAAUUUCUCUGUAUUUUAAUCAUGGGGGGGAAGCAAAAACACUAGUUUCAUAUGUAAAACAAAAAAGGAAGGGGGCGGGGGGGCUUUUUUUUUUUUUCAACUAACACAAAGAGCCUUGACAAAAGGUGAGGCAGCUCAAAACAACCAUUUUAGUUAAUGACACAGUAUGUUCAUGCAUAGUUGCAAAGUUGUACAAAGAAGAAAUAGAAAAAGCUCAUACCCAAAAUCCACAAACUAUUUUUUAAACCAAAGCACAUUUGAAUGACUAUGGAACCAUUUGUGGCUCUAGAAAAAAAGAAACAUAUGUAUUUAUCUCAUUGUUUACAAACUUUUACAGUUCUUACAGACCUCACUCGAGGCCCGGCCAGUCAGAGAGACCUUUUAUUUUGUUUUGUUUUUGGUUUUUUUGCUGCUUUUCCACAGAGGUUUGCUGCCAAAACAAAGCAUGGGGUGGACUGCUGCAUAUUCAAUUAGAGCGAUGGGUGUGUUUGCUUUUAGGUGCACUAACCCCACCCUCUGCCAGCUGGCUUUUGGGCUGACCCCAUGCCCCCAAUCACUCCCUCCCUUCAUGCCCUCUGGCCUGUCUGGGGGGUGGGCAGUGCAUCCUUGAUGUGUUUAUCAAAAGGCAUUGUUAGUCAGGGUCUUUAGCUCCGUGUUGUGUAUCUGUGUUUGCCCUCAUGCACUUGACGGCCGCCUCUUGGCUCUCCAGUAGUAGGAUGGGUUUACGGUUACGUCCCGCCACGACAUCUUUGAAUUCAAGUGGAGAAUGUUGCUUUGAUUUGUCCACUGCAUGUAAAUGAGAAUUAUCUGCUAUAGUCUUAACUGUGAAUGUUUUUUUAAGCUGUGUUCUGUGGGUCAAAGCAGCACAAACCUCUGGCUGGCUGAGCCUCCUUACAAAGUAGGUGAAAACACUUAUUGACAGUGUUUUCACUCUCUCUCUCUCUCUGUCUUUUUUUUUUUUUUUUUUUUUAAAUCAAAUGUCUAUUGUCAGUGGUGAAUGUAUUUAUUUGUGGUCCGGCCCUCACCUCGGCAAAGAAUUUGCUCAAAGUGUGAGUUUGAGGUGGAGGCAGGACCUCUAUUUUUUUGUUUUGUUUUGUUAAUGUUUUGAGGGUUUCAAGCUGAGAAUCAAAAAUGCGACACAAAACAGCCAUUAACUGCAUUCUGUGACAUUUUGGGGGGAAUUUAGUUAUUUUUGUAUCUAAUUUCUCAGUCUUUUCGUGUAAUUCUCUGCAAGAGUUUUUGUUGUUGUUGUUGUUGUUUUUUGCCCAUCUCACUGAAAGCCUCAUGAGGGGCCUUGAAGCCCUCAUGUGGAUACAGACUGGAGGCCACUAUAUUGUUUUGGAUCGCUCUCCCUGGGUGUUGCCAUGCAUUUUUUUUAUCCUCCGACAAAACACACAUGCACAUCAUUCACUUGUCAACCGCUGGAUUUCUUGUCUUAAUUUCUAGCCUGUAGCUUGGUUAGUUUCACUUUUUUUUUUUUUUUUUUUAAAUCCAAGGAUUUAUUAAGUGCACUUUUUUUUUUUUUUUAAACCUCCCACUCUGCUUUCACAUCAGUUCCUAUUGACUGUUCUUUGUCUCUAUUUCUACUCUCUCAUUUGAGUCUCUUUGUGAUAUAUGCUAUUCACAUAUCUUCUUGCAGUGUUAGAACAGCUUUAAAAUCAGUACAUACAACUGGACCUACACGCCACACUAGGCUCCACUGAACCUUUUCCACUGCAUGGUGCCCACACGCCUAGCCAAGAAGGUACUACCAGGUUUGGGUGCCGAGCCGAUGCCACACGGGUGACGUAAACCACUGCCGGCUGUUCGUUGGUCGAGUAGAUUCAACAUUUGAGAAAACAUGGCUUGAAAUGACAAAAAUAAACACGCACGAUAACCUUCGCUUGACCUGUUGCAGCGCCUGCAGUAUUAUACACCACAAUGUCCAAUUUGCUGCAGCUGUCGCCUUUACUUACUGCCCUUAUUUUCCUCCUUGACAACAUUUGCCAAGAAGUAAAUACAGACGAUCCUUGUUUGUCAUAGUUUUUGCAGUUUUCCAUGGUGCUGUUUUGAGGAGGGGGGGGGAACAUCUUGAAAUAAAACGAACAGAUGCGCACGUUACCUUUAGUAUUAUACUCCACAGUCUCCACUUUACUGUAGUAGAAAACUAUGGUGAGUGUGCAGUGUGAAAGCAGUAAGCAGUUUUAAACAUCAUAAAAUGAUGGCCACUGGUGCUAUCAUUAAACCUGAUUUGUAGCUUUAUUUCAGACACACCUGAACCACUUCCUGCUUUUCACCGCCGCUGUUUGAUCCGUUUGUGCACAGUGACAUCCUUUUUUGUUUUCUUUUUACAUUUCAGUAUUUACAGUACCUGCAGUGAUUCAUAACACCAAAAAUACCUCAUCCAGUGUUUACAGCAAUGUGCUCCAUUACGCCUAGUUAUUUUUUUCGUCCAUCUACAACCAAAAUAGCUCGUUGUAGCAUCAGAUUUUCUUGUAUAUGUCUUAUUCACACCGGGUUACGAAUUCAAGUGCACUUCGUUGCUAGAAAUGUUUUUAGCAGCUAAAAAGAUGUGAUGAGUGCAGCUACCCUUGGAGUGGAUGUACAGUAUCAGGCAGGUCCGUUUUCUUUGGGAACAACUGCUCAAUAAUGUAUCAGGAUCUGUGGGCUGAGAAGCUCUGCAUCAGACAUGUAGGGUCUUCGCUGAUGAAUAAUUAAGCAUAAAAAGCUCCUCGCGAUACACACUUUCCAUGCAAAGGUGUGCACACUCCUUUGCAACCAUACACAAACACAAGGCAAUCUAAAACCACAAUGCUAGCUCACACCCACGCAUCAGUAUUUUGAAGGGGAUUUUCUGUCUUUUCUGUUGGCUUUUUGGCAGCACCCAGGCUGAGCAUUCUCUCUCCGUUCUUCAUGUCCGCUCCUUCGUCAGAGAGCUCUCGUAUUCAGGUCAGAGCCACCGCCGCUGUGCAUUGCCAAGGGGCUCGCAAACUCUCUAAAAGUGUCAUUAAAGUGUACUACAGCUGACCUCAGCACUCACAACCUUUGCAGUCUUAAUGUACAGCAUUGAGGAAAAAGAAACCGUUAUUUUAAGAUCUUUUCAUUAAAAGCUUGAUUGAAAACCAAAACUUGCUUGUUUAUGUUUUUUCUUGGUGGUUGACAAGGUUUACUUUAAUGUUCCACAUACAGUAGUCUCCUCACAUCCUUUCACGUAUCCUUAAUGGUUUAUUGUAUCCCCAGUUUGUGUCAAUGACAUUUAAACCAUUACCAAAUGUUAUGUUUCCGACAUGCUUAACAAGUUACGUGAAGGAACGUCGCAAUUACAUUUGCACAAUUCAACAUGUCUGAAAAGGAGUAGGAAGAAGCAGAUCACAUUUUAACCCUACCCCUUCAGCAGAUGACCUUACAGAUAAUUCAUACACACCUGAGCUAAAUUUUAAGACUGAGAAAUUGCAAGAAUUUACAUUUUGCACUGUUGGAUCUUAUGGAGGUUCUAAGAGCUUCAAAAUGCAAAAAGAAGAAAUGGUAAUGAGACAAAACAUUUGAGGAAGCAAUUUAUUGCAAAAAAAAGCAUUAAAGUGAAAUAGGCUGUUUAUCAGCUGACCAAAAGUUUUAAGACCAUAGCUUUAAAAAAAAAAAAAAAAAUUGCUUAAAAUACGAAGUCAAAGAACUUGUGAGAACUAAUUAGUAGCUGCGCCAUUCUUGUUAAUCAUCUCAAUAAUUGGUUUGGUCAUGCUUGAUGCCAGUGUUUCCAGGAAGCUCAUGGAACUCCUGCAACUGAUGUCCACUUUUGUAAACUUCCUUUGCCAUCCAUCCCCAAAUGUUCUCAAUUGGAUUUAGAUCAGGGGAACACAGGAUGGUCCAAAAGAGUGACGUUAUUCCUCUGGAAGAAGUCCUUUGUCAGACGGGCAUUGUGAACUGCAGCGUUGUCCUGUUGAAAAAGCCAGUCAUUACCACACAGACGAGGGCCUUCAGUCAAGAAGGAUGCCUCCUGCAGCAUCUCCACAUACCUGACAUCUGAUGCCCCUGCACAACCUGAAGCUCCAUUGUUCCAUUGAAAGAAGAAAACACCCCAGAUGAUGUGUUUUCCACUGUGCCGUGUGGAAAACAUGUCAGGUGGGAUCUCCUUGUCAUGCCAGUAACGUUGGAAGCCAUCAGGACCGUCAAGGUUACAUUUCUUUCUCAUCAGAGAAUAAAACUUUCUUCCACCUUUCAAUGUCCCAUCUUUGGUGCUCUCGUGCAAAUGCAGGCAAUUUUGUGACGUUGAAGGAGACGAGGCCUUUGAAGACGUUUUUUUUGUCCUUAAGUGUUCUCUCAAAGAUGGCGUCUGAUGGUUAUUGGACUGCAAUAACAACCUUCGUUUGGGCCAAGGAUCGUCCAGUGUUUUGAUGGACAGCAUCAAAAACACAGCUCAGGCCCUCCCACAGUUUUUUGGCCCUACCGCUUGACUUUUUUGUUCCAUAACUCUUGGAAUCUUAAAGUUUAAAAUGACUUACCGUACUGCGUUCAUCCUCAGCAGCAAUGGCGCACUGUGGAAGUCCUUGCUUAUGCAGCUCAACAAUCCGACCGCAUUCAAAGAGAGAAAACUUUUUUCACCGUGUUGAAUACCUGACAGAAAAUGACAUGGAAACCACAUUUUUGCCAAUAUUUUGGCUUUUAAAGGCUUAAACUUUUGAUUAGCUACUGAACAGCCUUUUACACUUUAAUGAUUUUUGCAUUUUAGAGCUCAACGUAGAGCCUCCUUAAGAUCCAACAGUGCAACAUGGAAAUUCUUGCAAUUUCUCAACCGGUCUUAAAAUUUUGAUUGGAAGUUUGUUUAACAUGUAGGCACUUACAGUAAUGAAUGUGCACAUUCUGUCAUGAAAAAUUUUGUUCACUUGUCGUGUUUAGGCGUCUGUGUUUUGUAACGGGGAGAGAAAAGAACAGUACAUAGUUUAUGCAGUGAUGAAAGAACGAAAACAAAAGAUGACGAUAAAAUAACAAUACAUAGAAUUAAUAAAUAGAAAACCAAAUAAGUGCAGAAUUUAAAGAUGACU